CGGGCAUUUAGUCAGUCGAAAAUUAGAACUUGUGAAAGAAGGUUGCUGCUGUUCGCUAACCCUACAUCGAACUUUAUUCCCUUGGUUUGUGGAAGUAGUUGUCGAGUGACACUAGUGCAAAAUGUCAGACCAAGACUCUCGUGGCCGAGCGAGAGGACGAUCACGUGGAUUACGUGGUGACUCAGCAUCGGACGAUUCAGUACGAAGACCAAGAGAACACGGAACCGCUCCUUAUACUACACAGCCACCUCACCAUGCCGGUCGAGCUGGUAGUCGAGAACAAAUUCCGGAAGAACCAGAACAAAGGCCUUCGUCGCAGCCUCGUUCAGGAUCCGGAGGACGAGCGAGUUCGUUUGCUCGAGAAGCUCCACAAGAACGUUCUGGGGUACCGUAUGGCCGCGCUUCUUUUCAUGGUGGAUCUGCAGCCCAGCCUCAAGCCUCGACCAGUCGCGCGGCCGCUCCUGGUGCUGGGCCUUCCAUUAGAGAGGGAGCCAGCGUUGGUGGCCGUGGUGCUAGUCGUUUUCGUGAACAGAGAGAAUCUGUGAUUGUAACUCGUCCUUCCGCUGACUUCGAAAAAUUAGGAAGAAUAGGCCAACAUGUUACACUUACUUCGAAUUAUUUUGAACUUACUAAGCGCCCUGAUAUGCACCUGCUGCAAUAUCGCGUCGAUUUCACUCCAGAUGUAGACCAUAUCGGUGCUCGUAAGGCCCUUAUCCGUGUCCAUGAAGCGAUCCUUGGGAAGUAUCUUUUUGACGGUACCCUGCUGUACAAUAUCACCCGCUUACCGCAGCCAUUGGAACUUUUUUCCAAACGUCUUUCUGAUAAUUCAGAUGUUGUCAUCAGUUUUCGACUCGUCGGAGAGAUUCAAAAAGAAGACUCCACUUAUACCACUGUGAUGAAUAUAAUUCUACGUCGCUGUCUUGGGAUGCUGAAUCUUACCCUAUGGAGGCGCGAUUAUUAUGACCCCGCAGCAGCAACAGAAAUUCCUCAACACUUCCUGAAUGUAUGGCCUGGCUACGUUACAACCAUACGCCACCACGAGGAAGGGUUUCUACUGGGUGUUGAAAUUAUCCACCGUGUUUUACGACGAGAUACAGCCCUUGAUAUGAUGAACAAAAUUCGUCAAGCGGGAGGGGAUUUUCAGGCUAUGUGCUCGGCAGAGAUGCUUGGGAAGGUUGUUAUGACGCAUUAUAACAAAAGAACUUACCGAAUCGAUGACCUUGACUACACCAAGAAUCCUCAAUCAACUUUUCACCUGCGUAAGGAAGAUAGGGACAUCUCUUAUUUGGAAUACUACAAGAAGCGUUACAAUAUUGACGUGCGACACCCCACACAGCCUUUACUAGUGUCGCGUCCUACGCGACGAGAUACCAAUCGAGGAGAUGAUCAACCGAUCUAUCUCAUUCCAGAGCUUUGUGGAAUGACCGGCCUUACGGAUGAUCAAAAAAAAAAUUUUGGGCUAAUGAAAGAUGUUGGUAACGUCACGCGUGUAACACCAGACAAGCGCGUUGAAAGUCUAAUGAAGUUCCGGAGACGAUUGGCCGAAAAUCCUGAUAUUCAAAAAGAGUUGAAUAGCUGGGGCUUGGAUUUUGCUGCCAAUAUCGUUCGUCUAGAUGCACGUAUCAUCCCUCCCCAAACGAUUCAACAAGGCGGUAAUAGUUUUCCAACACAGGAAGGAGAUUGGAGUCGUAACAUUCAGCGAUCCAGAAUGUGCGUGUCUGUCGAACUCCGCGACUGGAUAUUGUUCACUCCUGCUCUGAUGUCACACGAAGUACAACCUUUUGUUGAACUGAUACAAAAUGUUGGUCGGAAACAAGGUUUUGAUGUCCCCGACCCGAGAGUUGUUCAGAUGCAAGCGGAUCGAACAUCUAAUUAUGUUGACGCUAUUCGUAGUGAAUGCAGUCGUAGAGAGUUUAGUCUAAUUUUCUGUGUGCUGCGAAGUUCUCGGGCUGACACGUAUUCUUCAAUCAAGAAGCUGACAUGCACUGAAUUUGGUAUCCCUUCUCAGGUGAUAACGGGCCGAAAUCUAAAAGGCGCACAAGGCAAGCUCAUGUCCAUCGCAACCAAAGUCAUGAUACAGAUAGCAUCCAAAUUGGGAGCUGAGCCUUGGAGAGUACUGGUCCCAUCUACUAAAUGGAUGGUGGUUGGAUACGAUACGUAUCACGAUGCCCGCCAAAGAAAGGCUGUUGGUGCAUUUGUGGCCUCGAUCAACCAAGAAUUUUCUCGAUAUUAUUCUUCAGUGAAGAUUCACGAAAAUAACGAAGAAAUUUCUCCCAGUUUCAAGGACCACCUUUUUGGCGCCCUUAAAGCUUUCUACAUUGUCAAUGAAAAAACGCUGCCGGGUGCCAUUAUUGUAUACCGUGACGGAGUGGGCGCAGGAGAUAUUCCACGUCUGAAAGAAACAGAAAUUGCUGCUUUAAAGGAGGCUUGUUCUGACGCUGGUACACGUACCAAUUACAUGGGGAGUGGACUUUACAAUCCACCUGUUGCUUUCAUUGUUGUCAGUAAGCGAAUCAAUACGCGAUUUUUCAAUAUGGACGGGCGUCAACCAUCCAAUCCUGUAUGCGGCACUGUCGUUGACAACAAGGUGACGCUGCAAGAAAGAUUCGACUUUUUCCUUGUCUCGCAGAAAGUUACUCAAGGAACUGUAUCACCCACUAGUUAUAAUAUUGUUGAAGAUCAAACUGGAAUCACCCCUGAUAUUCACCAGAGAUUGGCAUAUGCCUUGACGCAUCUCUACUACAAUUGGCCGGGAACUCUCCGCAUCCCUGCUCCGAUCCAGUAUGCACACAAAUUGGCAUAUCUUGUCGGUGAGUCAAUCAUGCAACAACCACACGAUAGUUUAUCUAAACUUCCAUACUAUCUUUAAGUUGUGAGGCAUAAUUUUUGAGUCCGUUCAGUAUCGUUCUAUUUCGGAAUUUUAAUUGCUAACACUUGUUAUAAUACCUCUUACAAUUAGCAAAAGAGUCAAUUAAUUUAACUUAAUUUAAGUUGAUUGGUUAGAACUUCGCCCUGCUUUUUUAUUUCAUCGUUUGAGCAAGGGAAUUGGGGACAAAACUGUUCAUUUGUUCUUCAAAACCCUUUAUUUUCACAUGUAAACUGGAAAGGCGAGAUUAAGUACCUGGGUUUUUUUUUGUACGU